AUGCGCACUGACUGCUUCAAUGCCUAUCCGUUUGCCUCUGAAGUCGAUAUCGGCUUCGCUGUCGACCAUCUGGUCACCUAUCUUGCACCUCUGAUCUUCGGGAGUUAUCCAAAGUUCGGUAAUCCCUUAAUCACCGUCGCUUUCCCACAUGCCCUAGAGAACCCAGAUAUGUUCGGUGCCCUGGUCACGUUCUCGCAGGCACACGUUGACACUCUUCUUCGUCCAGAGGGCAAGCCUAGCGUCGACAGUCUGAUGUUCUGGGGCAAGACCGUUUCUUUGUUGCAAGAGAAGAUGAGCGAUCCUGAGAAAUGUGCUGAUGACGCUGCUAUCCUGAGCAACAUUUAUUUGAUGGGUGCAGCAGCACGGUUCCAGGAACAGGAAGCGUGCAACACCUUUUACCUCGGUAUCCAGAGGAUGAUCCAGAUUCGUGGCGGUCUCGACAAAUUGGGUCUUGAUGGAUAUGUGAAGAAUUGCAUCCUAUACAUUGACGGCCUCGGCCUGGCAUCCGACAAUCCCUCGGAAGCAGCAGCAUCGCCAUCCAGCUCCGAAUCAUCGGUUCCGACAGUACCGAGCGAACCCUCCCCAGCCUCGACCGCAAGCGUCUCCGAGCCUCCUGUCAAGUAUCCAACCCAUCCCUUCCCACCAGAUCUGUGCGAAGUUAUUGCCAGGAUCCCCACUGGCUUCAUCGACCUCGCUAUGCACCAGUACCUCUCAGUUGAACUCAUCGGCAUCCUGGAGCGAUUGCUGUACUGGGCUGCCAAACCGGGCCUCACUCUCCUCGAACACGGUCCCGGUGAUCACCUGUACGAUCUCAAGAGAGUCGCAACUCGCAUUCCAGGGCCAACCAAAUCUCGCUCGAAGCGUAAUGCGGAACAAUUGGUCUGUUUGGCCUUUAUGAUUUUGUCAAUGGAAGUCUUUACAGGCAUGCGGGGUAAUAAACUGAACGAAGCCCGUUGGCGCCUGAUUAAAGCAUUGGUCGUAGAAGAUCAGUCGUCGAAGGGUAAGCUAGACGCCGAAGGAAAGCUCGAGCGUGAGCUAAAAGCAUGGUUCAUUGUUAUGGCAUCUCACGCGGGCACGGAGGAUGAGAGCGCACACAAUCUUGAUGGAGAUAAAGUCAACGAUGUGCUAAUGGACCGAUUACUGGACGACGAGGCGUCUGGGCCCACCGCGCGAGGUAAGUCUGAGUUCCCAUACGCUCGCAGAUGGAACGGUUCCAAAGGGCUCCGAGCGGUUCUGGCUAGGUUCUUUAUCGACGAAAGGCUGGAGAAAGAAUGGAGAAAGAGCUGGCGAACACACAUGGAGCGCAAAGGCAUCCCGGUACACCCGGAAGACAACCUCAGUGAGCCAGAAGCCGUCACUAAAGAUGACGAAGAAGAGGACGAUGAGGCUACCAAAGCAAAAGUUUUGAGGUACGUGCGGGAGAGGAGUCGGCUUGCCUUUGUCAACCAACAGGAGCGGGCACAGUUGAACAACGGAUAUGUGAGACAAUCCAGUCAACACACUGAAUACGAGUAUUCCUCGCAUUCGGGAGGUUCACAGAUCGAACUCUCGCUGGAGGAUUGA